AUUCUCUUGGAGCAAGCAGGGAAGCAGAGGAGCAGCAGGGUCAGGGUGCUGGGUUCCUAAGGUGCAAGGAUGCAGAACAGAACUGGCCUCAUUCUCUGUGCUCUUGCCCUCCUGAUGGGUUUCCUGAUGGUCUGCCUGGGGGCCUUCUUCAUUUCCUGGGACUCCAUAUUCGACUGUCAGGGGAGCCUGAUUGCGGCCUAUUUGCUUCUGCCUCUGGGGUUUGUGAUCCUUCUGAGUGGAAUUUUCUGGAGCAACUAUCGCCAGGUGACUGAAAGCAAAGGAGUGUUGAGGCACAUGCUCCGACAACACCUUGCUCAUGGGGCCCUGCCCGUGGCCACAGUAGACAGGCCAGACUUUUACCCUCCAGCUUAUGAAGAGAGCCUUGAGGUGGAAAAGCAGAGCUGUCCUGCAGAGAGAGAGGCCUCUGGCAUUCCUCCACCUCUAUAUACAGAGACGGGCCUGGAAUUCCAGGAUGGAAAUGACUCCCACCCAGAGGCCCCACCAUCUUAUAGAGAGUCCAUAGCCGGCCUGGUGGUGACAGCAAUCUCAGAGGACGCCCAGAGGCGAGGCCAAGAGUGCUGAGGCAGAGAAAGCUCUCCAGCACUCAUGAUGCCACCACUGUGGGGAGCAGCUACUGAUAAUAAAGGCAAACGAGGGACUGUGGGAGGAAAAGCCACACCAGGGACCCCACAGGAGAGCUUGGGGAAGGGAUGACAGCCCUGAAUUCCAGACAUAACUGGCCAUGCCAGGGCAGGGCAGGCCAGGGGCCCUGGAAGGGUUUAGCCAACACCAAGCAGACAUUUCAGAGGAUUCACACUAAUCUUAACCCCGGCUGGCCUUGGGUCCCCAAAGGUGUCACUCUGAGAGCUCUGCUUACAGAGAUUCUUUCUGCUGUCACUCAAUUUCCCUCCCAUCACCUCAACUCCAGCCAGGGAGGAAUAGAUGCUGGUUGUCAGGACAGCCACAUGCCUUCCUGUUCUAUAUCACCUAGUAAUCUCAAAGUGAAGGUUUGUUGUUUAAUUUAUUGAUUGUUCAGCCUUUUGUUUUGUUAGCUUGUUUCCUAGUUACCUCCAGCUGACCAUACUACCAGAGUGAGGCAGUACUUCACAUCCUGGGAGAUAUGCCCUCGGAACCCAUGAAUGUUAUUUUGUAUUAUUUUAUUUUCAUGAUAUGUAUUUUUUCUAUGUAAAAGGAAAAUGACUGUAAUAUUUGCCUUCAAGAUGGUUCAAACACAAAAUAUUAAAUGAGCUGUUUCUUAAAAGAGGUCCUUAAACAAAUAGACAUGAUAAGAUUGCUUAUAGACCCAAAUGGAAUAGACAGAAUACUUAAUUCAUAAUACAUGGAAUUCCGGGGUGUAGGGUGGAAUUUGUACUGGCCAUAGAUGGUAUUAAUAUACCACUUGAUAUAAAUCUUAUGAAGGUUAAAAAUAUUUGUAUGUAAUUCAAAGAAUCCCCAUAUAAAUCUCUAGAAUUUGAAAGAUAAGAAACUCUAAUGAUGUACAUUCAUCAUUAACAGGAAAUUUCUUGUGUCUCAAGAUACAGAUCUUGACUUUUAGACUUAGGACAUUCAUUUUUAAAUCCGAUGGUUUCUCCUCAACUUUAUUAUAUUUUAUUGUUUUUUUAAAUACAAGAGGACAAGUCUGGUUGCAGGAUGGUAGACAGAGAUGCAGCCUGAUGCUUUUGAACUUGGGCCAAGAAUCUUCAUCUCUCCGGGCCUCAGUUUUCUCCUCUAUUAAGUGAGGCAUUCAUGCUGGCUUCACAGUUGUGGAAUGCCUGUUAUAUGGCAGGCUCUGUGCCAUGAGCUUUCCAUGCGUGUUAGCCCUCAUUCCAUCUUUAAGAGACAGGCAUUAUGAUUAUUCCCAUUUUACAUAUGCAUAAAACUGACAUUGUGAGAAGUUAAGAAACUUUUCCAAUAACACAAUGACUUCUAGGAGGGUGAAGAACGGUUCCUAGAGGAACAUGGGAGGACUGACUGACUUCACACUUUUGAGCUAGGUAGCCCUGUCUAACUUCUCUCCUUCUAGGAGACAGUUUGGAUUUCUCUCUCCCUUCAGAAAAUGGGCUGUAACAGAAAAUGGAGCCCCAGGGUUGCUGCAAUAUCUUAAAGCCCUUGGAGAAGUGGCAGAGAUUGCUUUAGGGUUAAUCGGCUUCUUUUAAAAUACGUAAAAUGUCCUCCAGGUUUUCUGCCUAGAAACUGGUCCCUCGCCUCAUAGCAGAGUUUCCCCCUGAUCAUUAUAUUGAUGAUGAAGAAUGAUUCCCAAUGGAGAUAGCCCUUGGUGAAUGGGCACAGGAAGGGCUUUAGACAGUUGAUGAGAAGGAUGUACAUCUUUCAAAGAGGAAGAGGGUGGUCCAGAUGGGAUGGAGCCUCCUCUGUGGCCUCAUCUUCUCCAUCAUUGCUGAGUGCAUAGAUUAAGUAUAUCCUGAAAAAUUUAUAAGAAGCUUCAUAAAAGGAAAUCCUUGUCCAUGAAGCAUGAAUUUGGGAAUCUGUUAUUUGAAUCCUUGGCAUUGAGGGCAUAAAGAUAUGAAGGUCACUCAUGGUUGUCCAAUAAGGAAGUGAUCAUUUAUUAGUAAUGUAAUUUAUUAUUCCUCUUGUCAUCUCUUUCUAUCUCUCUACUAAGACAGUUAUCCUGAAAUUCUCCCUGGUGGUCUGAGCACAUUUACUGACUUGAACAAGGACCAUCAUUGGUCUUUUGUCCAGAAUUUGCAUUUGUAAUAGAUAGUUUUUCCAACUACUGGUAGUCAAGUGAAACAAAUGUUGAUUUUGGUUUACAUAAGAAAUAGUUUUAAUCUCUUUACCGCAAUAAAUUUUGUACUUAAAUUUCUCUUUUGCCAUUUUUUUUUGCAUCAGAAAAAAAAUCAAUAAAAGACCAUAAGUCAAAGUAUUAUUCUCUGGUUAAACUAACACAGUGUCAGAAUGAGUUGAUCUUUCUGCAAACCCAAACAUUAUUGAACUCUAACUGCUGAUUUGGAAAAUAACUUGGGUGUGUCUUUUUGAAAAUAAAAUACCAGUAGUUAUUUGUUCAUUUUUUUAACAUUUCAUGUAAGGCAGAAAUAAUAUCUUGGCAAUGUGAAUCAGAGCAGUUUCCAGUGACUGCAUAUGUACUCUGAAUCAUGUGUCAAGAACAAGGGUAGGACACAAAGCAAAUUCUACAUUCGAGAGACCCAGCAAUUAAAAUCCACUGGACAAAUCAGACAAAAAUAUCCGAUUGUGGUUCAUAAUAAUAAUAUAGUACUCAUCCCCUAGAGGAUUCACUCAAGAUAAAUAGAUACUGCCUCUGCUCUUCCUUCUGAAGCUUAUAAAAUUAACGGUCAAGGAUUGGAAACAGCAAUUCCAUGAAUGACAGGGAGAGCACAUGCAGCAUAAGAAAGUGAAAAGAGAAAAAUCCCCACUACAAAGAGUCUUUGCUCAUUCUCUUCUCUCACCUGUGGAUGGUAGGUUCAUAUGUCAAUGGGGAAGGGAAGUUCUCAGGGUUGAAGGCCCUCCAGUAUUGUAAUCUCAUAAUGUCCCUUUGAGCAGAAAGUUUGAGUAGGCCUUACCACCACUCCAGAAGGUGAGGAUAAGGUCAGUUAUCCUCAAUUAUAGAUUAAGUUAUACUGUGUCUUUUGCAUAUCUGAGAUGUACUGUGUUCAUUUUCGACCCUCCAUGCAAAAUCUUACCAGUGCUUUUACUGACACUCCUGUCUAUCAUUUAAGAUUCUAUUUAAAUAUACUGUCUUUGGUGAGGCAUUGCUCUAGCUCACCUACAUUGUAGGGCACAUAUUAGGUGCAGAUAGGCAUGGAAAGAUGAUAAAGACAUGGACUUAUAAUCUAUAUCUUCUCCAAAUUCUACAAGGUUCCAUGACAACCUAGGCUGACUCACAUACCAAGUGGGCUGUCAACUGCAUGAGCUAUUUCUUCUAGUAAGGACUCCAGCUGGUUGGAGUGGAACAGGCAUUCUGCUAAGCUCUGCUGCUUCGGAUAAUCUCUUGCUGUUUGUAACUGUCAAAGGGCCAAAGGCUGAUUUACUGGCAGUUACGUUAUUUCCAAAGGCACACCGUUUCUCAGACCCUUCUACACUCAGGGAUGAGAAGCUCCUUAAGACAUGUGUCUGGGAUUUCAGUGUCCACAUGUUUUGAGAGUAUCCAGUGCAUGAUCCAGCAAUGGAAUGGAGUCACAGAGUUAUGUCAUUACCAGCUCCUGCAGGUGCUUCUCAAAUUCCCUACACCCAUCUGAACGUCAAAGUAAAUCCCAUGCCUUACACUGAUCCAUGAGACCGUGCAUCAAGCUUCGACUUCCUGUGCAGAAAGCCUGCAUGCCACGUGCAAGCCCUUCCACCUAUAACGUCAUGCAACACGAUUUGUCCCGCAAAUACUGCGGAUGUAUGCUGCACUUAGAUCAGUAAAAGUUGACAAACGAUCUCAUUUUAAUAAUGACUGCCUAUCCAUUUUCAAGGACAUUGAAUAAACUCAAGAUUCCUGGGUGACACAAAACAAA